AUGUCUGGGAAUACGGGAGAACGCGCUUUUGCUGACAUUAUUACUAGUAUUCGAUACUGGGUUAUCCACAGCAUUACUAUACCUUCUCUAUUCAUUGCAGGUUGGUUAUUUGUCAGUACGGGUUUAGCUUAUGAUGUAUUCGGGAGCCCUCGGCCAAAUGAGUAUUUCACAGAAAGCCGACAAGAGGUUCCAUUAGUCACUGGCCGUUUCGAUUCAUUAGAGCAACUUGAUGAAUUUACAAGAUCUAGUUUUUAG